GUUUUGAUUCCAUCUAUCCGCCCACUCCGCGGCGAGGUCCUUCGGUUCUGUGUCGUAACAAAAGUUCGUAUGUUCUUAUCAAAAUUUUCCCGUGAAUUAUGGUGAAUUAAUGUGAUAGAUCUGUGAUAAAAGUGCUAACCACAAUGCACCCGUCGUUUUUAAUUCGCGCCCUUUCGCAACGGAUCCGGGCACCUCUCGCAAAUCGCUUCAAAUGCAGCGGGAGCCAAGUUUCGCCGGUGUCCCGGUUCCUCCACACUUCCGGAUCCGUUGGCGCCAAAAAGUUCUCCGAUACGGAAAACGACUACGCCCACGGGAUUCUUCAGCGGCAGCAGGUUCCGGUGGGUGCCACGAUCGCGAUCCAGCGAUUCGAAGGGAAGCAGCUGGACUUGGCGGAAGUGAGCGACUGGAAGACUUGCUCGACGCGGGAAGUUCUGGACUGGUUCCACCGGGUGGUGGAACUAUGCAAGCAGAAUGGGAUGUGCAUUUCGGAUGGGAGGUUCGACGGAUUCGUGGAGGCUAUGGUCGGGCGAAUGGAGGAGCUGACGGAUGAGGAGAUCGUGGAAACGCUGCAUCUGUUGGCGGAAGUUGGCCCUGAAACAGCUGCGGUGGACACGAGGAACUACAUGGAACUGUGGAAUGCUGCGGAUCGGGUUUGUCUGGGCCGUGUGUCCCGAUGGGACACCGAGAAGCUGCUGUACAUGGCAGACCAGUGGUACCCGUUGAGGGUGGCCAAAAUUGGGAGGUUUGUGGGGAAGGCCAUGUGGAAGAUUAGCACCCGGUUGAGGAAGCUUCCGAGGGAUCAGCUGGUGAAGACCGUUUUCUAUAUUAAUCUGACGAGAACUCCGGUGGAGAAUAUGAUCGAUAUCGAGUUCAACCUGAAGAACAACUUCUUCGAUUUUGAGAUUGACGACAUCUCGAUUCUCUGCAUGGGAUUCUUCAAGACGGAAACGCCGAUUCGAAGCGUGGAACUGAUCGAGCGGAUCUACCAGCUGACUAUUCAUCACGCGAAGGAUGUAAAGGACAUCAGUCUGGCCGCGAUUUUGAAACUGUUGAGGUACUCUUCAAGGAUUCCUCAUGCUUCGUCAAUGGAACGACUUCUUUCGGCGUUAAUACCGGAAGUCCCCAGGCUGUCCCUGUUCUGCUGUCUCCAUUUGGCCCUACUGGGCUCGGAUAUCCAUCUCUGCCACCAAGCGAGCCUCGAAGUCAUAAUCGAACGGUUCACCAGAGACAUCAAACUAUUGCGAUUGAAGGACAUGGAGCGAAUAGCUUUCAUCAUUGGCCACUUCAACAUGACCAUCGAGGACGAAAAGGAUCGUAAUCUGUUGAUGGCCAUCGUUGACGAACUGCCCAACCGAAUACAGGAAAUAACUCAAUACCCGAAAAGUUACCUCUCCCUGUUGAACUUCCUCACACUCAAAGACAUCUACAGCGAACCUCUGAUCUCGGCUGCCUUCGAGAAGCGAUUCCUCUUCAUGACCUACGGCCGAAACGUGGCCGGAGCCGGCCGUGAAGUCAUAUCUCUCGACGCCUUCCUGCGGAUCAACCUAAAAAACGUCAACUACUCCGGCAACUACUUCCCCGAAAAACCCUUCAAGGUGGUGGCCAAGCUGACUCAGGACUACGUCCCCAGCACGGAAUACCGCCUGACCAAAUCCGACCGGAUGCUGUUGGAGAUUCAGAAAGCCUUCGCAACUCGUCCGAACCACUUCGCACACAUAAUCCACCUGCUGCCGCACUUCCAACGGCCGGAUGUACUGCUGCUGUGGGAUGACGACCGGAAACAGUUCCUGGAUGUGGCCGCACGCUGCCCGGAGCAGUACUCCGGUGAAAUUCUGAGCCGGGAGCGGCUACUGGGGGAAGACGACGCCCGGAAUGGGAAUCUGAGGCUGAUUGCGGUCGUGGCCGGAGGAUGGAAUUGCUACGUGCGGAAUCAAAAUCGAGUGACGGGAGGAUUCGCCAUGAAGCUGAAACAACUGGGACUGGUCGGAUUCGAAACGGUGGUGAUACCUUGGUACGAAUGGCCUUUGGAUUCGCUGGAAGCGAAAGAGGCGUACCUUUUCAACAGGCUGAACCCGUUGCUGGACAAACGAUAGGAACUCGAGGUAUGUUUCUCAAAAGAAAAACCCAACACUGUUCAAGCAUAUUUACACAAUAAGAUCGUGAUUCUUUAUUGCUUACAAGUCUAAACCCGUACAAAGGCCACUUUACGGAAUUUAAAACAAAGAAAAUGCACUAGCUAAAUAAAGUAAUGGAAGAAAGUAAAGUAACAACAGCCUAGACAAACAA